AUGUCGAUGCUGGCCUCAACCUCGCGUGCCCGCCUCCCCUCCCUCACCCCGUUGCUCAAGCGUAACGCGGCCUUCAAUGCCCACUCUACUCCAACCGAGGGGAAGAUGGAAGUGAUCCGCGCCUCCCUCUACCCCAAGGACGGUGUCGCCCCCACCUCGGCCUCCCCCAUCGGCGCCAGGCAUGUCGACUACGAGCGCCGUAUCCGUGCCGCAGCCCCUUCGGCAGAGGCGCACGAGACGAUUGAGCGUGCGUGGAACCUGCACCGUCGUGACGCGCGUGCGUCCCGGUCGGCCGCCAUUAGCGCAAAGUACGACGCGAUGGUCGAUGCUUGCACUGAGCUCGACGCGCUUACCCGCGGUCCUGCUGAGGAGGGACUCGGCGUCAUUGGAGAGGGAGUCUUGCCGCGCGCACUGUACGAUCGCGCGAUGAUUCGUGUGGCGCAUGCCAACGCGGCGUACGCCGCUGCCAAGCAGGGGAUGGCGCAGGGGAAGAAGAAGACGACCGAGAGCCGCUGGCUCGAGUCCCGCCCCGAGGGCAUUGUCCCGCGCGAGGCUGGACGCGGCCGCUUAACGAGUGAUCACUUUACGACUCGCUACUCCCGACACACCAUAUGA